GGGGUACCCAGGUCACAGGCUUCAGUAAGAAAAAGGGAACAAUUUUGUUGUGAACCAUGAAAUCUGCAAUGCAAAACUUCUAAUGUGUGUGUGGGUGUGAGGAUUGAGAAGGGAGAGGUGGGCAGAGGGAAAUGGAAGGAGUGGGAGGACCAGGAAAGUGAGGUUGGGAAAGGUAUUGUCAUCCUUAAGGUUUUGUGUUGGAAAUGCAAUGGUAUCGAUGAGAAGCGGGUUAAGAGUACCUAAAAGCAAGCGCUGGAAUCGUCGUCAGUAAUACUCACUGAAGAAGGUGAACAGGAAAAUCUUGAGAAGUCCAUGCCAGAGAGUCUGGAGCCUCCAUGCCAACCAGCUUGGUGCAUGUUCUUAAUUGCUCCUGCCUGAUCACUAACCAGACCCUAUUCACCACAACUGUCCCCUACAAAUUCAUGUGGCUGUAUCUGGCAGUCCUCUUGGGCCUGUACUACUUCCUGCGCUGGUACCGGGAGAGGCAGGUGGUGAGCCACCUCCGGGACAAGUUCGUCUUCAUCACGGGCUGUGACUCGGGCUUCGGGAACCAGCUGGCCAGGCAGCUGGACCUGAAAGGCUUGAGGGUCUUGGCUGCGUGUCUGACGGAGCAAGGGGUGGAUCAGCUGAGGAACCAGACAUCAGACAGGCUGCAGACGGUGAUCCUGGAUGUCACCAAGACUGAGAGUGUCUCUGCGGCCACCGAGUGGGUGAAGGAGCAUGUGGGGGACAGAGGACUCUGGGGUCUGGUGAAUAAUGCCGGCAUUUGCACACCCAUGGCACCCAAUCAGUGGCUGACCAAGCAGGACUUCGUGAAGAUUCUGGAGGUGAACCUGUUGGGAGUGAUAGAUGUAACCCUGAGUCUGCUACCCCUGGUGCGGAAGGCAAGGGGCCGUGUGGUCAACAUUUCCAGCGUCAUGGGCCGGAUGGCUGUCUUUGGUGGAGGCUACAGCAUGUCCAAGUACGGCGUGGAGGCCUUCUCAGACUCCCUCAGGCGGGAGCUCUCCUACUUCGGAGUGAAGGUGGCUGUGAUUGAGCCGGGUUACUUCCUGACCGAUAUGACCCAAGAAGAGGUGUAUCGUGAAAAUCUCCAGGCAUCAUGGGAUCAUGCCAGCCCAGAGAUCCAGGAACUCUAUGGAGACAACUUUCUUGCAGACUUUAUAAAGGCAUCGGAUUUUCUGAAGGCACCGUGGGCUAGAAAUCUGUCCUUGGUGACCAACUGCAUGGAGCACGCCCUCACCGCCUGCCAUCCCCGCAGCAGAUACUCAGCUGGUUGGGACGCCAAGUUCCUCUAUCUCCCCAUGAGCUACCUGCCCAGCUUCCUGGUGGAUCUCAUGAUAUAUUGGAAUUACCCCCAGCCUGCUAAGGCUCUGUAAUCCAAGAGUGGGGUGUGUGGUAGGCGGGAGUUGGGUCGUGGGUGGGGAGAGGACACAUGGAGGGAGGGAAAUAGAGUGGAGAGGGGGAUUCUCACGGAGCCAGAACACACAUUCCGCCUCACUCCCCACCCAGUCCCCAGGCUUUGUUUGGGUCAUUGCUUAGGACUCUAAGAAUUAGGAAGAAAGAGACAUAUUGUGCUUGAGGAACUGGGGUCAGAUGCUCACGUCUUCAUUCUGUCCCUUGUGCGUUAUGACCCACAUCAGCUGUGAAAAGCUGUACUGUGGGGAGGACAUGAGACACUGGGGCUUUCAGUCCCCUGUGCUUUGGCUCUGGCCACCUCUUCAGAUGAGUCUUUCCCAUGUCCUGUCUCCCUCUUCCCCAGGAUGGAAAUGAUGGGCAAGGGGAUACAAGCCCAUCUUCACUGAGGGUGUCUAUUGAUAGUGGAGGGUAUCCACCAGCCUGAUCCAAUAGCCUGGGUGCCAAUUCGGUGACCUUGGCAGGUUUGGGCACAGAAACCAGGUUUUGAUCCAUCUUGGAAACAAGAAUUUCUGUUGAUUAUUUUUUCUUUAAAAUUUCAUUUGAAAAGUUCACAUACUAGAAUGCAUGCUAGGGCUUCAUGGUUAAACUGAAGGCACUUGGUUUUCAAAUUAUUAUUUAUGACACAUACAAAUAGUACCAGUCUCACCAAACCAAAUGAAAUCAAAUAAAGCAUCAUUGAUUCACUUUAUGUCUUGGGGGUGUGUGUUUAGAAGGUUUGGAAUCACGCCCUGGAAUCCUGUCCAGAAUGUCAGAGGGCUUGUGAGGUUAUAAAGCCCUGACCCUCGUUGCUGGUCCCACAAGGGGUUGGGGGACACAAGGCUGCACUGAGAUGGGUUCCACGGCCACCUGUUUGAUCUGUGACACAAGGGCUCUAACUCAGACAAGGCUGAACAACAAAUGCUUUGAGAAAGAAAUGCAGUGCACACUAGCUGAGUCUUCAGGCUGGACCCUCAGCGGAUUCCCAUCCUCCUCCCUCCAGGCUGCCUUCUUUGGGGGUGGAGCCAGUUCUGGUCUGAUGGUUGUGAGCAGGAGCUGGAACCCGUGCCAGAGAUCUGGCAGCAGCCACAAGGCAGUCUCCGUCCUCCGCUCUUUGGCCAUGCUGGUGGUUUUGGAGAACAAGUUCAGUGGCUCCCCAACCGUAAUACCAUCUCCAUACCAGAAUCAGACCUUUAGGACAUGAAGACAGGAUUUGUCUGUCUAUUUUGAGAAUGGAAUGUGGGCCAGCUGCACCUCCCAGGAUCAAAGAUGCAGAGAUUUUAGUCAGUGAGUCUCCCUGACAGGGUGGGCCCUGAAAGAUGUCUUCUUGUGGGCUCUGCAGCUUCAAGGUGAGUGAGAGUUAUCCCAGCCUCCUGUCUUGGGUCUCUACUGAUCUUCCUAUGAUCUUCCCCACUUGGAAUGUAGUGUGGAGCUCCUGAAAGACCCCAAACCCACACUGUAAUUUUCAGAAUUCACAAAACAGAGGCAAAUGCCCUGAGGGCUGGCACCAGUCUGCUGCCUGGCCCUGUGAGAAUUUAUGGUUGAUGCUUUCAAGGUCACUGAGAAAAAAAAAGUCUUGUUACUUUGAGUAAAGAAACCACAACCUUUUCUCUUAGCAGGGUUAGUGUUUGUACAAGACUUGCAUGUUCCCCCAGCUUCCUGACAGUUUCCAGGGCACCAUCCUCCAUCCUGACCUUCUUCCUCCUCAACUUUUGGGGAAUCCCUGUCAGAGGGUCCUGCUGGUCACCCAGGAAGCUGGCAGAGGCUGCUUUCUUUAGGACUAUCCUUUCUAUUACUGAUGCCAACUCCCCCCUGAGGGACAACUCCUUUCAGGAUGACAAUCAGCUUCCUGCAGGUGAAGUGACCACUCAAAGCUGAAUCUGUCUUCCUCUCUGUGUUUGUUGGCUGCUGGGGUGAGUUCCAGAAGCAUCUGAGCCUCUGUGUCCUUGGGGAAGCCUCUCCUUCCACCCAGGACCUGUAGUCUUUCCUGACUCGGCAGUCAGAGCUGUGAUAAACGUGGAUGGUGAGGAGAUGCCAGGGACACUGACCCCAGCUCCUUCUGUCCCUGACCCUGUCACCAGCUCCAUGCCCCUCGUGGUCCAGCCCCAUUCCUGGAUGGUAUCCUCCCCCUCCCCAUGAACCUCCUCUAUGCCUAGCCAUUCUGUGGUCCAGU